AUGGCCGCUGCUAUAUCUCAACCAUCGAGCUCCCAUCUCUCCCACUUCUCAAGGAAGCAGCACCUCGCCCAGACCUUCGAAGCCUACCGAGCCGAGCUCGACGAUGAAAAUGCUCUCAGAGAAUCAUUGAUAAUCCUCUCCCGCUCCAUCACCCAGCUCUCCAAGAAACUCAUCUUCCACCUUCACCGCGGUGCCACCCUGCCCACCUCUGCCCAGCGUCAGAAGAAUCUCGAACAAGGCAAAGGUAAGGAGAGAGAGAUUGCGCUGCUUUUUGGGCAGAUCAGAGAUAAGCUGCGGGAGGCGAAUAAGCGAAAGGAUGGAUGGGAGUGGGGUUUCUGGAAGUGGAGAAAGUCUGUUACACCUGGACUAGAAGAGUACAUCGAAGGUCUCUCUUUCAUGUGGUAUCUCGAACACGGCAGCCUCGUCUCUCUCGAAGAUGUCCAAAAGGCCGUGUCUGAUGAGAACGGCCAGCCGUACCUCGUCGUCACACCAGAAGACUACAUCCUCGGUAUGUCUGACCUCACCGGCGAGCUCAUGCGAUACGCCACCAACGCUCUGGGUACUGGCGACCACGAAACACCGUUAGCAGUCUGCGACUUCGUCCGAACAGUCAAAACCCACUUUGACGCCAUCAACCCCGACUCUCUCAGGCAACUCUCAAAGAAACAAGACGAGACCCAACGCUCCUUGGAGAAGAUCGAGAAAGUCUGCUACGCCCUCCGCCUUCGACUUAUUGAAUUUGCCGACCGGCCUGAUAUCCUCGCGCAGAUGGCAAAGAGGGCGUUGGAUGAUGUUGCUGAUAAGGGUGGGAGUGGACCUGCUGCUGAGUAA